ACCUGAUGAUCUUGCGAGUUUCAACGCCAACUGAUUUGCUCCGCAGGCGCAGAGAGAAUGCAAUUUAUCAGACACCAUUUCAAAAAGUUGCUUCUCCUUUCCCCGCGCUUAUAGAUUUUGGAAAACCUCCUUCACUCCCACUCGCCACAGCUACUCCGAAUUCACAACCCCUCUCCUUUGCCUUCAACCCCACCUCUCUCUCUCUCUCUCUCUCUCUCUCUCUCUCUCUCUCUCCCAAGUGUGGAAACUGUGAAGUGCCAUGGAAGAAGAGGACGACCAAAAGGUCGCAGAUCUGAUCAAAGAGCUAGUCCUACGCUUGCUAUCCCAAAACCCCACCUCCGAUCCGCACCCUAUAGACCCUAACUCCUCCGAUUUUCGAAACUCUCUCCGCUACGCGGUUCGCAUCCUCUCCAGCCGAAUGACGCCCUCCAUUGCCCCCGACGCCGCCGCCAUCGCCGAGUCCAUCAAGCGUCGCCUGGCCACCCAAGGUAAGUCCUCCGAAGCCCUCACUUUCGCCGAACUAUUCACUAAAUUCGCCUCCAAAUCCGGGCCCGGUAGCGUAAAUAACAAAUGGGCUGUCCUUUAUUUGCUCAAAAUCAUAGCCGAGGAUAGAAAAGCGUCGAAAGCCCAGUUGGAUUCUUCGCUUUUGUUACCCAACUUGGCGCUGAGCGACACCGAAUUGGGUAACAGCUCGAGGGUUUUUCGAAGGUUGGGAACUAAAGAGAAGGGUUGGAGAAAUGGGGUUGUGUUGGUCUCAAAAGACCCGGGAAAUCGGCGUGAAAUUGCAUUUCGGGAGUUCGCGAAUUUGAUUAAGGAAGAAAAUGAGGUGUGCGAAGAGGUUUUGGUGAGAGAUGUGUUAUAUGCUUGUCAAGGAAUUGACGGGAAGUAUGUCAAAUUUGAUAAAAAUGCCGAUGGGUAUGUUUUACCGGAUUCAGUUAAGGUUCCAAGAGCAACCCGGGUUAUGGUCCGGAAGCUUUGUGAAUUGGGGUGGUUGUUCAGAAAGGUUACAGGGUAUAUUACUGAGAGUAUGGAUCGAUUUCCAGCCAAGGAUGUCGGAACGGUUGGGCAGGCCUUUUGUGCUGCGUUGCAAGAUGAGCUUUCAGAGUACUACAAGUUGUUGGCAGUGCUCGAAGGACAGUCUAUGAAUUCUAUUCCAUUGGUUUUGGAGAAGGUGUGCUCGGAUAAUUAUCUUUCAUUGAGAAGAUUGUCGGUAUGGUUUGCAGAGCCAACAGUGAAAAUGAGGUUAAUGGCUGUUUUGGUUGACAAGUGUAGGGUUUUGAGGGGUGGGGCAAUGGCUGGGGCUAUUCAUUUGCAUGCCCAGCAUGGUGAUCCGCUGGUGCAUGAGUUCAUGAGGCGUUUACUUCAGCGGGUUUGUUCUCCUCUUUUUGAGAUGGUGAGGAGUUGGGUUUUGGAAGGGGAGUUGGAAGAUAUUUUUGCUGAAUAUUUCAUUGUAGGUCAACCUGUGAAAGUCGAGUCUCUUUGGAGAGAUGGUUAUAGGCUCCAUGCUGGGAUGCUUCCUUCUUUUAUCUCUCAAUCUCUUGCUCAGCGCAUUUUAAGGACUGGCAAGUCGAUAAAUUUUCUUCGUGUUUGUUGUGAGGAUCGUGGUUGGGCUGAUGCUGCAACAGAAGCUGCCACAGCUGCUGGGAUGACAACAAGAAGAGGGGGCCUGGGGUACGGUGAAACUGAUUCCCUUGAGACCUUGGUUAAUGAAGCGGCGAAGAGGAUUGAUAAGCACUUGUUGGAAGUUAUGUACAAGCAGUAUAAGUUUAAAGAGCAUUGUCUUGCAAUUAAGCGGUACUUACUGCUUGGACAAGGUGAUUUUGUUCAGUACCUAAUGGAUAUUGUUGGGCCAGAGCUUUCAGAGCCUGCUAACACCAUUAGCACUUUCAAACUAGCUGGCUUGCUGGAAACUGCAAUUCGGUCUUCUAAUGCUCAGUAUGAUGAUCGUGACAUAUUGGAUAGGUUGAGAGUGAAGAUGAUGCCACAUGAAACUGGAGAUAUUGGCUGGGAUGUUUUCUCAUUGGAAUAUGAUGCAAGAGUGCCACUGGAUACAGUGUUUACAGAGUCUGUUAUGGCAAUGUAUUUAAUAAUUUUUAAUUUCCUGUGGAAGCUUAGGCGGGUGGAGCAUGCGCUUAUUGGUGCCUGGAAGAUUAUGAAACCAAAUUGUAUUACCUCUCAUUCCUUCACUAAGCUGCAACGUGCAGUGAAGUUCCAGUUGCUCUCAACAUUGAGGCGAUGUCAGGUUCUUUGGGAUGGCAUGAAUCAUUUUGUUACAAACUUGCAGUAUUAUAUUAUGUUUGAAGUCUUGGAGGUGUCAUGGUCGGAGUUUUCAGGUGAAAUGGAGGUAGCAAGGGAUCUUGAUGAUCUACUGGCUGCACAUGAGAAGUAUCUCCAUUCAAUAGUUGAGAAAUCCCUCCUUGGAGAACGUUCCCAGACCCUUUGCAAGUCACUCUUUGUCCUGUUUGAUCUUAUAUUGCGGUUCCGAAGUCAUACUGAUCGAUUAUAUGAAGGGAUAUGUGAGCUGCAAGCAAGAACCACAGAAUCCUCUAUACCCUCUCAGGACAAGAGCAAAUCACGGAGGCAAUUAAGUGAUAAAGCUUCAAAACCUGGGUCCUGGAUAGGUGAUGGCAGAAAGGCCCUCACACAACGUGCCAGUGAAUUUUUUCGAAAUAUGGGACAAGAUUUGGAUGCAAUAGCAAAGGAAUAUUCGUCACUGCUUGAGGGCUUCCUUUCUCAGUUGCCUGUGCAGCAACAUGUUGAUCUAAAGUUCCUUCUGUUCCGACUUGACUUCACUGAAUUUUAUAGCAGUUCGGUUCCUAGUUUAUAGGGAAGAAUUCGAUGUAUUUGAGUUAUUUGUGAGAUCAAGGCACCAAGAAAGUGCUUCAAUUUGCUAACUGCUCCUGCCAUGUGCCUGAACCUGGGGCUGGCUGACCUAUGGACAUACCAGAUAAUUUUUUAGUGCUCAAAUUUAGAUGGUGGUUGCUUUUCCAGAUGGUUUGGUGUGGAAGUUUAAUUGACUUGAAGGUAUAUACAUCAGGGUAAAUUGUGGUAGUUUACGGGUUUUCAAUCAGAUAUCUGAAUGAUUUUCUUUUGGAAUAUUUCUUGCGGCUUACACAGGCUGUCCAUCCAGGGCUUGGACACUUGUACCAUAAUUUAUACAUUCGCCAACUGAUAAGAAAUGUGUCAUCCCUUGUUUUGUAUCAUCCUUCACAUCUAUUCAAUUAAUUUCUCUCCA